CUCUCGUGCAGACCUCAAGCCAUCGCUCGAUUGAGCACGGAGUCCAGAAUUCUCUAGUUACUGUACAAGGAGGACCCUGUUGUCAAGAUGUGGUGACCGACCAACCUUGUCAACGCUUCUCUGCUCCGAAACCUGAUAACAACGAACUAGCUGAGUGUGUGCACCAGGCUGUGGAGAGCGGAGGAGGCUGCCAUGAACUGGAGACAGAAAGCGAGUUUCAGCUCAACUCAACAACACAUUCCCAUUCUGUCGAAAUUGUCGAACGAUCCGCGUCGGAGACUGUUGUAUUGAAAGUUGAUGGGAAAAUGGAUGAGGACACCGAGGUCUCUAUGUUGCCUUCGUCCCCAAUGACUACGCUGCCUCCUUCUGACCCGAGUAUCCCACAGGAUGCGGGAACCCAUUUCAUACAGCCUGGAUGCCAACACCAGUCUUCCGAGGUCGACGUAGCUUCGAUUGCUCUUGUGCAGACCUCGAGCCAGGAUCGCUCGAUUGAGAGUGAAGCGUAUCAACCAGCGCAAUCAUUCUCUGGUUGUGACGAGCCCCAAGCAACCUUGUCUGCUCAAGUCUGUCUGCCAUUGGCACGAAAUAAUUCAAAUACACCGUCAUCCAUGGACGAAAAUCGGAUCGUAGUUACUGCAGUAUCCCAAACCACAAGCACGGAGGAGCUAACAUCGGCCGUUCCCUGUCGCGGAACCCUGAUAGCUGACGAAUGCGUACCGUUGUCUACUGUCACAUGUACUCUGAGCUCGCCUCCUUCACGACGGGAGCCUACCCAGAUAAUCUCAUGUAGCGACAGCUCAGUUACGGACGACAAGCUCCAUAGGCAUCGCGAGUGCGCAGAGUCAUCUGUCCUCGUCUGUGCGUCCGUAGCACUCGAGGAAACCGAUAUUUCAACUCCAACAUGGUCCAGAGUCAUCACGGUCGAGCACACGCAGAAGUCAAGCCCAGCAUCAGACGAUGUUCGAAAUUCAUCUUUCAAUAGAAGUACCUUGACGAUAGUCGAGAGCCAACCUCUGACUGCUGACAGACACGAGGAACCCUAUGGUCAAGAUGGGACCAGGGACAGGCUUAGUGAAGUCUCCUCCACUCCGAAGCUUGAGAGUGGGGAGGAAGAUGUAUCCACAGAUCAUAAGCGCCAAACUGUAGAGGGCAGAGAUGACCAUCAUGAAAAAGGGACAGAGAGCGAGGUUAAGUCAAAUCUCACAUCCUAUUCCCGCACUGUUAGGAUCGUCGAAGAAUACACGUCAAAGUCCACGAUAUCGGAUGAUGAUGGGCGGGUGAAUGAGGGAGCCGAUGGCGCCGCGUUGUCCUCUAUCAAUCCUGGGUCCAAAAUAUCUCCUUCCGAACGGGCUGUUCCGCAGGACUCGGCAGCCAAUCAUAUUGAAUCUGUAUACGAACACCGGUCUUCGGACGUCGAUACAGUUUCAAAGAGCUCCAUCCAGAUACCUGGCCAUGAUUCGACUGAGAGCAGUGAAGGGCACGUUCAAAGACAGGAUUGUGAAGAAGUAGACUCUUCUGUGGUGGUCCGAGUGUCCUUGGCACCUGCAGAGACCACUGGAACACCAGUACCAGCGCCGUGCAGAGCUGUCGAGAAUACGCAGAAGUCGAGUCUGCCCGAAGACACGUGGACGAUGGGUCAGACUUCCUCCCUAGUAACUGAUCUUGAAGGCGGAUCCAGCGGUCACAUUGUAGACACAGAUCUACCUACUCAAUGCUCCUCUACUCCGAAUGUUUAUGUCGAGCACGACAAAGUGCCUGUAUCAGCAGAUUGUAUGCACCAAGAUUUGGCGUGCAGAGGAGACUAUCAUGCACGGGAGGCGGAGAGUGAGGUUACCCUCAAAUUGGAAUCAUAUUCUAGUGCCGUCGAGAUGUCCACGGUAUUGAAGGCUGGUGGCCGAUCAGAUGUCGAUACUGACAGCGAUAUCUCAUCCCUGUCAUCAACUUACACUGAGCGCCAGCUAUCUCUUUGUGAAACGGGCGUUCCACAGGAUGCGGGAAUCAAUUGCAUUCAGUCUGCACGCGGGCACCAGUCCUCAGAGAUCAACGUAGUUCCAACGACUCUCGUGCAGACCUCAAGCCAUUGCUCGAUUGAGAGCAGAGUUCAGAGCUCUCUGGUUACUAUACAAGGAGAUCAAGAUGUGGUGACAGGCCAACCUUAUCAACGCUCUUCCAACGAACUGGCAGAGUGUGCGCACCAGGCAGUAGAGAGCGCAGGGGGCCGUCAUGAACUGGAGACGGAAGGCGAGUCUAAGCUCAGCUCCACAGCACAUUCCCAUUCUGUCUGGAUUGUCGAACGAUCCACGUCGGAGACUGUGGUAUUAGAAGUCGAUAGGAAAAUGGAUGAGAACACUGAUGUCCCUACGAUGCCCCCAAUGACCACGCUGCCCUCUUCUGACCCGAGUAUCCCACAGGAUGCGGGAACCCAUUUUAUACAGUCUGGAUGCGAGCACCAGUCUUCAGGGAUCGACACAGCUUCAAUUGCUCUUAUGCAGACCUCGAGCCAUGAUUGCUCGACUAAAUGCGAAGUGUGUCAACGAGCCCAGUCAUUCUCUUGUUGUGACGAGCCCGAAGCAACCUUGUCUGGCCACGUCUGUCUGUCCUCGGCACGAAACGCUUCGGAUUCACCGCCGUCCAUGGACAAAGCAGUCGAGAACGUCCAGAAGUCGCCUUCAUCUAAUCCUGGAUCCAAAGAACCUCAUUCAGAACCCAGUGUCCCGCAGGAUGCGGCAACUCCGAACGUGAACACCACAUUACAGAAUGAAUGAAUGCGUGAUAGAUCGUGAUACAUACCCAGUAGAAACUGCUUAUCACCAGGCCUGGUGAGAUAUGGAUGAAACUUUUGUGUAGUCGAUAUGGUGAGAUCGAG